GGGCUUUAUACCUUCCGAUGAGCCCAGUUUAAAGAUCUACCGGCCUCUCCACCAAACCAAAAACCCUAGAUACAAUAUUCUGAGAGAUACACACAGGAAAGCUCAAGCUUUUCUUGUCAUCUCUCCGAUCGAUCUACACCGUCCGAUUAUCUCCCAGUUCUCAAUCAGCGAUGGCGGUGGCGGCGGAGGAAGCUGUGCCUGCUCCUGAACUCGUUCCUGCUUACAUGAUUGGCAAUGCUUUUGUGACGCAGUAUUACCAGAUACAGCACAAGACGCCUGCGCUUGUUCAUCGCUUUUAUCAGGAUAUCAGCAAGUUCGGUCGUCCCGAGGAGGAUGGAACCAUGAGUGUUACUACCACUAUGAGGGCUAUAAACGAAAAGGUCAUGUCUCUUAAGUAUGAAGAAUAUAAGGCUGAGAUUAAGUCUGUUGAUUCGCAACAUUCACAUGACUCUGGAGUUCAGGUCUUUGUAACUGGGUACAUGACUGGAAAGGACAAAGUAGAGCGCAAUUUUGCUCAGACAUUCUUCCUUGCCCCCCAAAAGAGUGGGGGAUAUUUUGUGCUCAAUGACAUGUUCCGUUAUGUUGGUAAGCCCAACAUACCUGAAGGAGAAAACCAGGUUUUAUCUAGGGAGGUUGAACCCCAAUACAAUGCUGAGCAAGUCCUUCCAAAUGAUGAACCUGUGCAUGAUGAUUACGUUAUUGAGCAAAACAAUAUGGUGUCAGAAGAAGACAAUAAUGAGGAAGAAGUCCCCAUUCUCUCUAUGAAUGGGGAAAUGGAAGUUGUGGAAGAGGAAGAACCAGUGGCUGAGGUUGUUAAUGAAGUGCCUGAUGUGUCACAGCUGGUUGUCGAAUCUGAAGCCAAGAUUGAAGAAAUGCCAAAGAAGUCGUAUGCUUCAAUUGUGAAGGAUUUAAAGGGAAAUUCCCUUCCUUUCUCAUCUCCAGCACCUGCUACACGGAGAAGUCCAAUAAAGAGUCAGGAGCCACAGGUGAACAUUUCUUCACCCACAGCCUCAUUGACUGAAGUAUCAGGUUCCACUGUAGGUGCCCCUGAAAUUGUGAAGAGCCAAGAUGAUGAAGAUGGUUAUUCAGUUUACAUUAAGGGUCUUCCAUAUGAUGCAACACCUGCACUUCUCGAGAAUGUGUUCAAAAAAUUUGGCACCAUUAAGAAUGGUGGCAUCCAAGUUAGGAGCAAGCAAGGUUUCUGCUUUGGCUUUGUCGAAUUCGAGGAGGCAAGUGCUGUGCAAAAUGCAAUAGAGGCUUCACCAAUUUUACUGGGCGGACGUUCUGCAGUUGUUGAGGAAAAGCGAUCGACCAACUCGAGAGGAAACAAUCGCGGAAGGUUCCCAGCUGGGAGGGGGGUUGGUUUCAGGAAUGAAGGUGGAUUUAGGAAUGAGGGUAUGAGAGGACGUGGUAAUUAUGGGGGUGGCAGGGGAUACAACCGUGGGGAAUUUAGUGGGCGGGGAGAUUUUAAUAACAGGAGCAACAAUCGAGGAGGUUCAUCUAAUCGUGGCGGGGAUGGGUUUCAGCGGACUGAGAAUCAGUCUGCCAAUGGUGGUCGUGUAAACCGUGGUAAUGGAGUGUCCGGUAACGGAAAUGCCAAAAAUUUGGCACCAAGAGUACCUGCUUCUGCAUAAUGAAAGCUAGAAUAGGAUUUGUUGAUGGAAAAUUUAGCUAUUUUUUUCAGUUUUGUAGUGCUAAAAAAUGUUGGGACCAACCAGCAAAACACAAGAAAUAGAAGACUGGCUGAAGUCAAUUUGGUGAGAACCCUCUGAUUCAUCAUAAGUUUUAAGAUGGUGCUAUUGAGUUCUUAGGUUGGAAUUUCUUUUCUCAUGGUGCAUUCUUUUCCCAUUAAGGGUGGUAAUAGACAAGUAGAUGGAUAGAAAGAUUAAGCUUUUAUUAAUGUAGUGCGAGUUCAAUCAAAAUGUGUUUUUUGUGCUUGAUUUUUCUAUGUAUCUGCAAAUUGGUUGAGACUUGAAUAAUAUUAUAUAUCAGGGCAUUUAUAGCAGUUUUUGUUGGAAGGAAAA